AGGAAAUAAAUGAGAAAAAGCCCAAAGAAAAAUUCCAUUAUUUUAAUUUUUAUAACAAUAUAAUUUCUACCAGCUCUCUGAAUAUUCAAAAUAAUUCCACCAUGUAUCUUCCUACAUUCAAGGGAAGACACCUUUCCUCCAUUUCUUUCGCUACAAGCUCCAAAUUCUAGAACAAAAAUAUUAAAAAAAACUGUAAAAAAAAUAUAAAAAAAUAAAAAAAUAAAAAAAGAGCCCUUCAAAUGUUCAUUGUAUAAAGAUUGAAUCUUUUGCAUGUUAUCAUCAACAACAAAAUACAGUAAUUUUCUAAAAAAAGAAGAAAAAAAUGUCAUUUUUUAGAAAUCUCCUAAAACCCUCAAUCCUGAAAUCUAAAACCCAGUUUCAAUUUUCAUCUUCAACCCUUUACACUUCUCUCUCUCCUACUUAUUCCACCUCUGCUGCUGUAACAAGGCAUGCUGGGCUUGAGCCCACAAAGCCCAAUGAAAAGCCCAGAUUGGUGGUGUUGGGCUCUGGAUGGGCCGGGUGUAGGCUAAUCAAGGAGAUUGAUACAAAGUUAUACGACAUCGUUUGUGUGUCACCUAGAAAUCACAUGGUUUUUACUCCAUUGUUAGCAUCAACUUGUGUUGGAACUCUUGAGUUUAGGUCUGUUGCUGAGCCUAUUGGGAGGAUUCAACCUGCAAUUUCUAGGGAACCGGGUUCUUAUUAUUUUCUUGCUAAUUGUACUUCUGUUGAUACUAAAGAUCAUGUGGUACAUUGUGAGACUGUCACAGAAGGAGCUCAGUCAUUGGAUCCAUGGAAGUUCAAAAUAUCGUAUGACAAAUUAGUUGUUGCAUCAGGUGCAGAAGCCUCUACUUUUGGAAUUCAAGGGGUGCAUAAACAUGCAAUUUUUCUUCGUGAAGUUCAUCAUGCUCAGGAGAUUCGUAGAAAACUUCUCUUGAAUUUGAUGUUGUCUGAUAUACCUGGUAUCUCUGAAGAGGAGAAGAAACGACUCCUGCAUUGUGUUGUUGUGGGAGGUGGUCCAACUGGUGUUGAGUUUAGUGGCGAGCUUAGUGAUUUCAUUAUGAAGGAUGUUAGUCAAAGAUAUGCACAUGUCAAAGAUUACAUCCAUGUUACCUUGAUUGAGGCAAAUGAAAUCCUAUCUUCCUUCGAUGAUCGCCUCAGGCACUAUGCUGUGAAACAGCUGACUAAGUCAGGAGUUCGUCUUGUCCGUGGAAUUGUCAAAGAUGUACAACCUGAUAAGAUAGUUCUUAGCGACGGUUCGGAAGUUCCCUAUGGGCUUUUAGUAUGGUCUACAGGUGUUGGUCCCUCGACCUUUGUAAAGAAUCUUGGACUCCCAACGUCACCUGGUGGAAGGAUAGGCAUUGAUGAUUGGCUACGUAUUCCUUCUGUUCAAGAUAUGUAUGCAAUUGGUGAUUGUGCAGGGUUUCUUGAAAGUACAGGCAAACCAGUUCUCCCUGCUUUGGCACAGGUAGCAGAACGGCAAGGAAAAUACUUAGCCAACUUUUUGAACAAAAUUGGUAAAGCUGGUGGAGGCCGUGCAAACAGCGCAGAAGAUGUUGAUAUGGGGGAACCUUUUGUGUACAAACAUCUAGGAUCAAUGGCAACUAUAGGUAGCUAUAAGGCACUUGUGGACCUUAGGCAGAGCAAGGAGGCUAAGGGCUUGUCACUGAAAGGUUUCCCUAGCUGGUUUAUCUGGAGGUCUGCAUAUCUUACUCGAGUUCUAAGUUGGAGAAAUCGACUCUAUGUGGCCAUUAACUGGCUGACUACUUUUCUUUUUGGUCGUGAUAUAAGCCGAAUAUAGACACUAUCAAAGCAGAACCUACCACUGUUUCAGCAGCGAGCAGCCAUUGAAGAAAUGCAAAUCAAGGAAUACUGAAGAUACCUCCAAUAUUUUGUUCUUUUUUUUUUUUGUAAAGUAUAGUAAUGUUCAUCAUCCCACUAUUCGAAUAACAAUAACGAAAGAUCGAUUGCUGAUGUAGUAAUUAAGUGAUUUCUAGUGUAAUGUCAAUUUAUUUUCCCAUUUUUGAUCUGUGGAAACUGCUGUCGAAAACUAGAGAGGAACACGAAACUUUGUCGCUGCUGAGUUUGAAGCUUGAAGCUAGCAGCUUGCUUUUUUUCAAUGUAGCAAGAGUAUGACCUCAAAUCUAAAUAUUGGAAAAUUUAAUGGCUGAAAGGAGCUGAUUACCUUUGUUUUAGUUUUUAGGAUAAUGUUUUCGAGAGUUAUGAAGUUCGCUCUGAACGUGUAUGUUACAAUAUUCUUCCUUCGUUCCAUUAUGAUUGCAACAUUCUCGUCUUGUGUUUCUUCUUCUUAA